AACAUGUGUCACAAGAACAGCUUUGCAUGAUGCCGAAGCCAUGUUUACUCGUCUAGCUGGAGGCGUGUAUGCCUCUCUUGUGUCUUCUCCGCUGGUGACCCAUCUUCAGCCUCUGUUAGUAUCUCUGGCCCUCCACACAGUCCUGUCGUCGCUGCUGGAGUUACCAUUAGCAACUGGGCAGCGCCCGGCUGAGCACCUAUAACCGCUGUCGAUGUUGUCCUGGGAAAUUCAUAAGGUUCAGAAAGCUCUCCUUGAUUUCCAGAAGCAGUAAAGGCCUUGACAGACAAGUGACUCACAGUCUGUUGGAAUGUUUGUGAGGCUGGCCAUGGUUAACACGUAAGGUCACAGUGAGUGGCACCGCCAUGUUGCCAGGAGUCGGUGUAUUUGGCACAGGGAGCACAGCCCGAGUGCUGGUCCCAUUGUUGAAAGCCGAAGGCUUUGAGGUUCAUGCACUUUGGGGGCGAAGUGAAGAGGAGGCAUGCUGCUUGGCAAAAGAGCUCGGUAUCCCAUUUCACACCAGUCGAUCUGAUGACGUCCUGCUGCACCAGGAUGUCGACCUUGUUUGCAUCUAUAUUCCCCCCUCAAUGACGAGGCAAAUUGCUGUCAAAGCGCUGGGUAUAGGUAAGAAUGUUGUGUGUGAGAAAGCUGCAACUGCUGUGGAUUCAUUCAAGAUGGUGACUGCCGCCAGGUACUACCCCCAGCUGCUCAGCAUUAUGGGUAAUACCCUGCGCUUCCUGCCAGCUUUUGUUGCUAUGCGCCAGCUACUGGUGGAGGGAUAUGUUGGCGAAAUGCAGGUGUGUGACGUCCGAGUCUAUGGUCCCAGCCUCCUGGAUCAGACGUACGGCUGGACGUGCGAGGAACUGAUGGGAGGAGGCGGUCUGCACACUGUUGGCUCUGCCAUCAUUGACCUUUUAAGUUACCUAACCGGUGCACGAGCCCAUCGUGUUCAUGGCUUACUGCGGACCUUUGUUCAACAAAAUGGUUUGAUCCGAGGCAUCCGCCGUGUCACCAGUGAUGAUUUUUGUUUCUUUCAAAUGUUGAUGGGUGGAACUCGAUCGAGCUCUGGUGGCGUGUGCUGCACUGUGACCCUGAACUUCAACAUGCCAGGGUCAUUUGUGCAUGAGGUCAUGGUUGUUGGAUCCACUGGGAGACUGGUUGCCAGGGGGACAGAACUGUAUGGUCAACGCAAUGGGAGUAAAGGUGAGGAGCUUUUGCUAGGAGACAGUGGGUGGGUGGGACCAGAGGUGUCGGAGAUGCCCCUGCCUCACCUGCGGGGGCUGAGCUCCAUGGUAAAGGCACUGAGACAGUCUUUUCAGGCUCACGAGGAGCGCAGGUUGUGGGCGCGAGGACCGGUUGCCAUGGCACCAACAUUUGAGGAUGGUCUGUAUGUGCAGACGGUGGUUGAGGCAGUGAAACGGUCCAGCUGUAGUGGAGAAUGGGAGUGUGUUGAGAUCAUGAGUCAAGAGCCAGAUCCAAAUCACAACCUUUGUGAGGCUUUGCAGAGGAACAAGAACUAAAUAUAUUUAUACACCCAGUGCAACCACUACAUGUGUCUGACAAAACUGGGCUCUGAAUGUGUUUCAUUUAAUUCAGCUGCUGAGGCAGUUUACAUGACCCAUGACUACUUUUUGCAUUCUCACAAAUUUCACAUUUUGAGAAAUCAUAUGUGUGUUUGUGCCCUCACAGCUCCAUUACUCUGAUUCUGAACAGAAUAUAUUAUAGUAGUGGUAUCAAUAUCAGAAUCUGCCUGUGCCCCUUUGACACAUUUAUUUCCUGCACUGGAAGUUUUUUGCUAAAUAUGCUUGAUAUACGCCACCUGUGUCAAACAUUGGCAAAGAGCAAAAUUACUUCAGAGUCAAAAAACAAACUUUUGGUGGAUGUUUGGCCAUUGCCUUUAUGCUCAUUUUAAGCUGCCUGUCUAGAUAUAUUUCUGUAUUUUAAGAAAAAUGUAGGUUGUUGUGUUUUAUUGAUAAUAAUAGAUAUAUCAAAGACGCUCAUACCUCACCUUUGCCAUUGAACAAGAGCACAGCUCUUCCUGAGGCAUGCCAGAGCAUUUUUGAAUAUUUCCUCUUUUAGAAGUUUAAGUCGGCAGAACAAGAGUUUGCAGGAGUUGUAUUUUAGGAUACACCAAUAAAUGGCUAAGUGGGCAUCACUAACUCAGUACUCAGAUUAAAAACCAACUGUAAGUGUAAACCCCAACGGAUGAAACAUUUUAAUCUCUAUUGUAAAUGACAUUUAGAUGUUGAUGUAAUUUGGUGUUAAUUUAUUCCCAAGACCAAUAGCACCUUAUUCUGAAAGGAAGUGUUUACCUCAGACAUGAAUGUGAAUGUCAAAGCAUGAGGAUGAUUUGACUGACAAAAUACUUUGACUGUUAGCAGUGUGAUGACUGGCACAAUUCAGACGAUGCUCCACUGGAGCAGUUGUUUCAGAAUAAGAAUAAUGGAGCAGAUAAUGGAGCGGUGCAGAGUUAAGUUUUACUUGUUUGUUUUUUUUUUGUAAUAACAAGCAAACAUUUAAAGAGUGGAAGAGGUUGCAAGUGGAUGUUAUGGCAUGCUAUGGCAAACAUAAAAUACCAGGGAUUGAGUAAAAUAAGCUAUGUAGAAAAUAGAAUUAUUAAGACUAAUUUGUUGCAUCGCCCCCGCAGACUUCUCAAACAUCUUGUUUUUGUUUUUUCUUUUGAGUAUUACUCACACCCUGUGGGCUGCAAAGUAAGUUUGUAGUUUCGUUCUUCACAGAGAGCAGCUGGAAUUGUGAGCUGGAAUUCAUGACCAUUUCAAUGGAUUUCAGUAGUGGCACAUUUCAUAGUGGGGUUUUUAGUAUAUAUAUUAUAUGUUGGGUAAACGUUUGCAUAUGGACCCAUACAAGGACAGAGGUGAAGUGGAUAAUGCCUCAGAGAGAGGCAUAUCCAGGGAUGUUUGGUACCCAAUUUUCCACUGUGAAAACUUACCACCUCUAGUAAUCAAUUCAACAAUUGAAACUGACUGUGAAGAAGGAAACUACCAUUUUUCAACAGCCCCAUGUCAAGCCAGGGUGAUGCUCAAAGGAUUGAUUUUAGGCGGAGAAUCACAUUAAAUCUCACAUCAGAAGAAACAGACUUGUUCUAGAAAUUUCAGAUUAAUGACUUUAUAUUGUUAAACUGAUAAAGUUUUAAAUAAUAAGUUUAAAAUGUGUGUAAAAGGUUUGUUUACAAGUGCUAACCAUUGAAGUAAUUUAAUAUGUUUUUACAAGAUUUUUUUCAUGCAAGCUAUGCAUUUAAAAUGAUUGCAGAUGUUUGAAUCCAGAGAGUGGGGCCACCGACAUCCUGAAACCUUGCUGAUCUUUUCAUUGAGCAGAACCACUGGAUUUGACAUGUGUUAGAGUAUAAAUGUGUGCCUCUCUAACGUGCUCAGACCAAGAGAAGUGUUAAAACAUUUUAUGGUUGUUGUAGUCACUCACUGCAUCUCAGUACUGCUGAAUAUCCUAAAUAAUAUUGGGCCUCAGUGCUCCAAAUGCUGAGGCAGGAGGUGUUGAAGACAGAAGCAGUGUACAGGUUUGAUUUGACUGGUCUGUUCCCUUCUUAGACCCAUGCAGAAUCUGCAGAUAAGGAUACAUAGAUGUAACACGCUUACCUCACGCUAUCCCAACAGUGCUUUAAAAAAACAAUACAUCAAGUUUACAGUCUUUAUAAAAUGCAUAACAUUUGCCUGCAGGAUGUUCCAUAGCCCACCACUGUUGAAAUACAUUCCAAAUGAGUUUUUUCACCUUCUUGGUAACAGAUGUUUUUGUUUUGUUGUUUGCACUGAGAAAAUGCCACAUAUUUAAUAUGCAGUGUGAUGCUUGUACUAGCCAGCUCACUGCAAAUUAACAUUUGACAAUGUAUAAGGAAGACUUUUUGUAUUUAUUUGUGUCUUGGUGUGGAGAAAGUUUCCCAUUUUUUUCUGUUCAGUGUUUGUGUUUUCAGCCUGUGAAUUUCUGUUUAAAGCUGUAAUAUUUAAAUUGUUUAGAUUUAGCAUUGUUUUAAUUGUUAAUAUGGCUUUUUGAGCACAAUGCGUCGCAUUUAAUUUGGGAAACUGUUCUGUUCAUCCUCCUCACAGACAUUUCCUUUAAUAAAUACAGUUGUAUUCA